AUGUACCCGAUACUCGCAAACAAUGCUCUUAUCAUGAGUAUCGGGACACUACAGAAACCAGCAGCAGCAGUACACAAACAACCGACUUGUAACACGAGGCCAAUGGUUAAAGCAGCAACUUUACUCGGCCAGAAUUCUUCUACAGAAAUUAUCGAUGUCUCUGGACUUUCUCAAAAAUCUUCGCCACUAAUUCAAUAUGUAGAAGUCGCUGAUAUUGAUGGUCAACUUUAUAGUGUGGAUCGUCAUGUUAAUACUUCUUGUUGGUUAAAAAUUAUCAGCAUUGCUAAGGAUUGCCAAAGUUGUAACGUAUUAUUAAUGACAACUGAUAAAGGAAUUAUUCUUAAAACUAUAAGGAAUAUCACUCCAGGUGAACCAUUACUAAUGUGGUUUACCGAGCAUGUUUUGGCUAUGUUAAAUAUGCCAUAUUUAACUAAUUUAAAUAUUCAAGGUCAAAAUCGUUAUAUAUGUCACAUAUGUAACGAUCAUUUUGAACAUCCAAAUCCAUUGAAGAUUCAUUUAGCACUUAAGUGUAACCGUCUGGAUAGCAACUAUUUAUGGAUGCAAUUGGCAAAAGAAUUUGAUUCAACACCACAACCAAAACUGUGUUUCAGUCUUUAUCAAAAGUUACCGCCCUUUAGUUUAAAAAAUUCUGAAUUGUCGAGGACAUCACCUUCCAGUGCUUCACCAGUAUUUACUGAAACAGUAACAAUUCGUAAUAUAAAUAUAAAAAAUGGCUUAACUAAUGAUGUUUCACGGAUUUGUUCAAAUCAAACAUUGCCAAUAUCAUCAAUUCAAGUUUCGCCAUCACCCACACAUAUAUCGUAUUGUUCAUCUUCAUCAUUAACAACACAAAUUUUGUCAGUGAAAAAAAAUAUCAGCCAACGGCAUUCUGCUUUUAAACCAUAUAUUAAUCAGAGCAACUCCUAUGUAACAAACAUUCCAUCAACUCAUGAUAAACCAACCCUGAUACCAUUUCACGUGCAUAAAUCACCAGAUACAGCAUCUAUGCGACCAGAUGCUCAGGCUGCUCAUAUGGAAAUAAUAGUCAGCAAUCUUGGCAAAUCUAAGCAGGGUCAUCUUUGUAUUUAUUGUGGAAAGAUUUACUCUAGAAAAUAUGGACUCAAAAUCCAUAUUAGGACACAUACAGGAUAUAAACCAUUAAAGUAUGGAGAGACUCCAUAUAGAUGCGACUUAUGUGGAAAAGUAUUAGUAAGACGACGAGAUCUCGAAAGACAUAUUAGAUCACGACAUCAAGAUAACUCUGACCAUGUUUCUGAUAUUUCAUCGGAUGGAAUGGACAUUUAAUUAUAUCAAUAUACUUCAUCAAUAUAAAAUAACUAGAGCUUUGUACC